GAUUGGUGGAAAACUUUAGAGACCGAAGGCCGACUGUCAACAAAACUGCACACUUGAGUUUGCAACUUUGCACAAGACACCGAGAGCGUGGUGGAAAUUAAAGGGGCUUUAAAGGCGGAAGGCGCUUUAGAGUUACCAGUUGCUGGACGGAGCCACUAGGGGGCAAUGUCUAAAAACUGCAACAGUGCCAAUGGCAACAGCUGGACUCUUCUUACCUCAGAGGUAAAGGUGUCUGGAGUUGAGAAUGUGGGUCAGGUAGCUGAAGGUCUUAAUAUGGAGGAGCAGCUCUCAAAAGCACCUGAGCCCUCACCGGAGGCCUACGGUGACCUAGAGAAGCACUCCUCUGAAGCAUCUGCUCACCAGCCGACAGAGACAUCCACGCAGUUGCAGUCUGACCCAGCUCUCACCCAUGGGUCAGAGCCUCCAGAGCUAUCUCAGGUAACCUCUCCAGAGACCAGUGAGGGUCGGGCCCAGCUGAAUGCAGCACAUGUUAGUGCCACUGUUGAGGACGUCAGCUCCUGGACCCCUGACCAUGAGGAUCAAGGCCUGUCAGAGAGCCCAGUUUCUCCCAGCGCUGAUGUCGAAUCAUUCUCUGACUCAUACGCUCACAUAAGUCCUACCUCUGGAUCAAGUCCACUUCCUGCUUCAGUUUGUCAGGAAAGAGACCGGUUUAAAUCGGAUGAGGAUUCUCUGAGAAAAACCAUAACUGAAGAUUCUAAAGACAUGUUGGAAACAACCGGGAAGGAGGGGGAUGCUUUACGAAAGAGAAAAAUCUCCCACUUGGGCUCCUUGGACAAGACAGAGGCAGAAGAUGAUGAAGAGGGGGAGGAGGAAGAUUUUCAACCACCUCAUAGAGAACAUGAAACAGUCUUUUCUUUGAACAAGUGCAUCCUUGCAGCUGUCAUUCUUCUAGGGCUAGGGACCAUUUUCUUCUCUGGUAUACUCAUGGACCCGGAUGGUGAAUCAGACAUAGAUGUUUGUGAGUUGAAGGAACCAACAAAUCAGGAGUGGCUGAAUCCUGGGGUCUCCAAAGACAUGCCUGUCGGUCUUCAGCCUCCAGAUAUUUUAAACAAACAUGCAAAAGAAGAUCAUCAAAUAUUGGUACUACAGGCACAGCUUCAGCAACAUCAAGGUGAACUGAAAGAAGCGCUGUUUCGGGCAGAGGAGGGAGAGAAAGAGCGUGUGAGGAGAGAAGAGCUGGAGAAGGAGUACGAGAGGAUAAAAGGAGAACUAGAUAGAGUACCUGCUCUUCAGAAGGAGCUGGAGCAAGAGAACGAGAGAAUGAAAGAAGAAAGUGCGAGAGCAAAGAAAGAGCUGGAGGCCAUGCCAUUACUACAGAGAGAACUAGAGCAUCUGAAAGCUAAAGUUUCACAGCUCACACAGAGCACAGGAAGAGUAGAAUCUGUGCAUCCCAUUGCAGCCUCUCGGAUGCCCUCUGCUGGAGACAAAAGGGAUGUACCACCGAUUGAAAGACAAGACAUGAAGCCCAGGAAGACUUAUGGCAAAAAGAGUGAGGAGAAGGAACAAAGAAAGAGAGACAAAGAAUGGAAAAAGAAGAAAAGUGAAAAAAAGGAAGAUGACAAAGAAAGGAGGGAGAAAGUGACUGAGGGAGAACAUGCUGAGGAACAGAGGGAGUGGAAAAAAGAUAAAAGCCACCAAGAGGCAGGUAAAGCAGGGAAGAGAAAAGAGUGGAAAAAGGACAAAGAACGAGAUGAUGGUAAAAUGGGGAAAGAAAGUAAAGACAAGAAAGACUUUAAUGAGUGGGAGGGAAAAAAAGAAUCGAAGGAAGAUAAAAAGUGGAAGAAAGACAAACAUGUAGGACAGGAUGAGAAGAUGGGAGACAAAAAGGACUGGAAAGAUACUGGGAACAAGAAAGUGAAAGAGGAAAAAGAAUGGAAGCAGAGAGGGGAGCGGAAAGAGGACAAAGACUGGAAAAGUGAUAAACGGAGUGGUGGGAAUGACCAUAAAGAAUGGAAAGGUGAAAAGGAGUGGAGAAAGGAAAAGAGUGAUGGAAAGCACAGCGAUAAAACAGAGAAAAAAUGGAAAGGAGACCAAGAAUUUCCAAAAGGGUAUGAUGAAAAAGAAAUGGAGGAAAAGCGUUGGAGAGGGAAACAAAGAGAGUCAAGAGAUGGAAUAAAGGAGGAGAAAAAAAAGAAGGCUUACUACCAUAAAAAUGAGGGGAAAAAUAGCCCCAAUGAAAAGGAAAAACAACAUAAGGAGAGACAUGGGGACAGACCACCAGACGAGACCUCCUCCCAUCACCAUAACGACCACGAGAACUACUGGACCAAACAAAGAGAGCGCAUUCAGCACUAUACUGAGCAGCGGGAGACCUGCAGCGGUGUGGCAGACUGCGCUCGAGUCGAGGGACUCUCUCCCGUCAGCCUGCGGGACUUCGAAGACCUUCUCCAGUCCUAUCUGAACAAGCUCCAGGAUCAGGACCAGACCUCCAGCAAAGAAGAGCUCCGAAAGCUGGUGAAGGAGUUCUUCACGGAUGGAGUGUUCGCUCAUGAUCAGAUGCCGUUCAGGGAGUUUGUGGAAGAUGUGGAAGACAUUUUAGAGGACAUGGCUGAAGGAGAAGAAAGCGACAGCGAGGGAGAGGAGAGCGAGGAAGAUGAAGAUGAUGAGAUGGAAGAAUUUGAAAGGGAGGCAAUGGAGAAGUUUGCACUUCCAGAAGAAGUGAAGAAGGUUGAGAGGAAGGGUGAGCAGAAAAAAGACCGUGGAAGAGUGAAAAGUUGAAGGAUCCUCAUGGCGAUUUAGAGGUUUCAAAAAAAAAAAGGUACAUCUGGAAACAGUCAGGCCUGAUUUUUAAAGAGCGUAUUCAUUUUGAACAACAUGGCUUUGCUUUUUCUUUUCAUAGAUAAAGUAUAACUGUAAAACCUCAUUGAUGGUUUCCUUCUUAUAAUAGCUGUUUUUGCUCAUUUUUCAUCCAUAUUUGAGAAUCUUAUACACCAUUAAAAAAAACUCUUUGAGAGUCACCUGCUCUGUCAGUUAAAGAUCUGGAGUUGGAUUCAUGAAACGUUCUUAAGAAUAAAAUAAAAAAUAAAAAAACUCUUAUUUCCUUUUCUAAGAAUAUUGUGAUUCGUGGCAAGAAUUCUUAAUUUUUUGUUUUAAGUACUUUCUUUAAAAAACCUGACAAAGAAUUAACAUUUUUGAAAAAUGUUCAAAAUCAUUCUAAAUGACCUUUUAGACAGACUGCAUAGAUGAUUAAUAAAUUAAUUGGACCAUUAUGAUGUUAAAAUAUGUGUUACAACAUUAUAAUACUAGCUAAAUAUAAUGCAUAUUAAUACUAGUUAUUAUAGUCUAGCGUACUUGUAGGUUUGUUCCAGAUAGAAAUACUGUUGGUUAUCAAUGGAGGAAGGGACAGAAAACCCUCUUAGAGAUGACAUAAGGUGCCUGUUAUUAGACAAAAAAAAGUUAGUAGAUGAAUACAUUUACUGUUAAGAUUACCAUGUAUUAAAUGAAUUGCUGUAAUAGAAGACAAAUUUAACCUCAGUAGGUUAGAAUACGAUCAGCAAGUCAAAUUAUUUUGUCAUUAUUAUUUUAUUCUUAAAAAAAAUUUAUUUCUAAAAAGGAAAUGUGUUCUUAAGAUAAUAUUUAAUUUUGUAUUAUUGUUAUUUAAAAUAAUUUCACUUAAACUUCUUAUUUAUCCUCAGAAUGUUCUUAAUUUUUUUUUUCUUAAGAAGAUGUACAUGAAUCUGGCACCACAGAUACAUGCUGACAGAACAAUGUCAAGAACCGCAGGAAACUGAUCUACUGUUACAACAUCAGUUUAUGCACAUCCCACACAAAAGUAAUUUUUGUGUGGGAAUAUUCCUCAGAAGAAUGUAGUUAAGUGUUGAGUGUGAGAGUUACAGACUAAGUCAUUUGUAACAAUAUUAUUUUGUCUUUCCUUUAAAGUAGUCAUGUAACUAUGUGCAUUUUAAUAACAUACUUAUCUUAUACACUGUACAGAUAUUGAAUAAAAUGUUGUAGGUUUAUUAAUGUUGUUAAAUAAUUGUUUGUCUUUAGGUUAAGGUUAGGACUCCUGACGCAAUGUUAUUGGUUUGUUUGAGAAUUUCACUUAUAACAUUUUAUGGAGGAUAUAAUUAGUAAAUAACAUGACCACUAAAUUGUAACUAAAAGUGCUACACUGAUGAUGUAAUAAAGUAAUUUGCUUUGUUGUUGUUGAUUGUUAAUCGCUGACAUUCAUAUGGUUGUGGGUGAUGCACAUACUAUGAAACUUUUCACAGAAUAAACAGAUGAUGUGUUGCUUUACUUCUUUGCUCUAAGAUUUGUACAUUUAUGGGAAAGUUUUUUUAGGUAAUCUGUGACUGCAAUGCAAUUCACAGCUGGUAAAACUAUCUCUUCAUCACAACAUCACUUGUGGUUCCUGAGUAGAAAGAAACUGUAAAAUAAAAAAAAAGUUUUCUCGGUU